CCCGUCACUAGGAGUGGUUUGUGCUCGAGUAUAAAUACACGCUUUCUGUCACUACAACGCCCCUGGAAACUCGGUGAGACAAACUUCUUCUCUUUAAGGCAACACGACAGACCACUCCCCACCAUGUCUUUCAUCCAGGCCUUCUUGGAGCAGAGCGUUUACUUGGGCAUGCCCGAUGAUUCAGCUUUAAAGAAUGAAGGAACGGUGAAGCCAGCGCUCAAUUUCAACCCUAGUGGAGAUGCAGCAGUCUUGGACAAGGCCAUCAAGACAAAAGGUGUGGAUGAGAACACCAUUAUUGAAAUUCUGGUCAAAAGGAGCAACGAGCAGAGGCAGCAGAUCAAAGAGGCUUACCAGAAGGCCAACGGCAAGCCUCUGGACACAGCCCUGAAAAAUGCUCUGAAGGGAGAUCUGGAGGAAGUCGUGUUGGCUCUGUUGAAAACUCCUGCCCAGUAUGAUGCCCAGCAGCUAAAACUGGCAAUGAAGGGUCUGGGAACAGACGAGGACACUCUGAUUGAGAUUUUAGCUUCCCGAACCAACAGGCAGAUCGUAGACCUAAAGAAAGUCUACAAGGAAGAAUACAAGAAAGAGCUGGAAGAGGACAUCAAGUCUGACACUAGUGGAGACUUCAGGACGGCCCUCAUUGCACUCUGCAAGGCUGCCAGGACUGAAGGAGUUUGCGAGCAGCUGGUUGACAGUGAUGCCAGGGCUCUGUAUGAGGCGGGAGAGGCCAGGAAGGGCACGAACUGCGCUGUCUUUAUCGACAUCCUAACCAGCAGGAGUGCCAUUCAUCUCCGUCAAGUGUUUGAUAGGUACAAAAAGUACAGCAAAGUGGAUGUGGCCAAAGCCCUUGACCUCGAACUGAAGGGAGAUAUUGAGAAUUGCCUCACAGCAGUUGUGAAGUGUGCUGGAAGCAGAACUGCCUUCUUUGCAGAGAAACUCUACUUGGCCAUGAAGGGUAAAGGUACCCGCAAGCCUAUCUUGACCCGCAUCAUGGUGAGCCGCUCUGAAAUUGACAUGAAGCGGAUCAAGGAAGACUACAAGAAGAAUUAUGGCAAAACACUCUACCAGGACAUUCUGGAUGACACCGCAGAUGAUUACGAGAAGAUUCUGCUCGCUCUCUGUGGGGGUGAAAACUAACAGCCUAUCGCUGGGAUCAAAGCUCAUACAGCAGAAUAUCCAUGCCAGUGUACAACUGUGGAAAAUCGCCUGUUAUCUCUUAAAUACAUAAUGUGCCUUUUGUGCUUGUGGAGACCUGACAAGACUGUCUUUCUUUGCAAGACGUCAUGAUAGUUAGAUGAUAUUGGCAAUGAGCGAAUACUAACCUGGAGUUGGCAGAGCAGAUAGGCCGUUUCCUUUCUGAGAAAUCCUUUUUAUUUCAGCGCAGAUCUCAUAGCAUUAUGCCAGAAGAUCUAUGUUCUAGACAGACUUUGCUUGCACUUACUAGGUUCUAUAACUAAAGUCCAAAGAGAAGCUGAUGUGAUCACAGUGCAGCUCAUGUAUCCAGAUCACCACAUGCCAAUAGCUUAAUGUUACCAUUGCUCUUGAAGGAGAUUUGAUGUUCUGCAAAUAAAAGCUUUUUUUACUGAA